GUUCCUCUACCAGAAAGCCAUGCCCUAAACUCUUCCUCCACCCCACUCCUGUCAUCAAAAGUCCUUGAAGCCCAGCUCCCUGAUGUCACUGAAUGCCUGCUUCUUAUUUGAUGCGUUAGUGAAAGUGUAGUAGAGACAAUGAGGGCGAUUGCUGGCACGCUGAUCCUCACGUUUGCUGUGCUGGUGUGUGGUGAAGUCCAGGUCCUGAACAAAAGCAAGGGUGAUUCUGCCAUCCUUCCAUGCGUGCACAAGAACACCGCCGAGAAAGUCAUUGGCCUCGGCCUCUACCGCAAGUGGCUCCAGCCCGGCAAAGUCAUGUAUCUGUCAAACUCCAACCCGCCCCACUUCCCCAAUAACGAGCAGCGCAUCGACGUGAAGGGAAAACCUGAAAGUGGGCAGGUGGAAGUCUCCCUCGCCCAGCUCCAGGGCCGAGACUCUGACCUCUACUACUGCGUGUUCACCAUCGACGGCAUCCUGUACAAGGACGUCCCCGGCGAGACGGAGUACUUCCUCCACGUUUCGGACGCAGAUGUCACAGACUCUCUGGACGUAGGGCUGAUAAAGGCCUGCGCGGGGGGCUCGGCCUCGCUCCCCUGCCUCACCCCGCGCGGGGGGACGGGGCCCAUGGAGGGGGUGAGUCUGAAGAGGCGACGGCAGGGCCAGUACGAGGCGGAGGUGCUGUUCCACUCCAAGCGGCCCCCGGACAGCCAGACCUCCUCCCCGUUCCCCGCGGAGAGGCUCCACCUGGGCACGGUGCCCAGCGGGCUGGCCUACAACCUCACCCUGCUCCACCUGAAGCCCGAGGACAGCGCUCUGUACAGCUGCGAGCUGCUGCUUCCAGACAAGCCCGACCACAGCACCACGCUAGGGAUGCAGGCCUACUUUGUGUCGGUGCAAGAUGGUAACUGCCAGUGUUCAAGCUACUCCACCUUACUGUACGCCACCUUUGCAGCCGUUGGCCUGUUACUCCUCAUCGUCCUGUUGGUCUUGUUGAUGGUCUAUCGAGGGAAGGCUCGCCACCGUGUCAAAGCUCAACCCCAGAUUGCCAUCUAUGAGGAAAUGGUUGGGGUGAGGACACCCAACAGUAAACUGGCCCCUUACCACCUGGAGGAAACGGAUGCUUCGCUGUACAGCAACGGUGGUGUGAAGAAGGAGAACCACUACGAGUGAUCCCAGGGGCUGGGGGGGUUCUACCUAGAGCGUGCCGUCAGAAGUGAGGUCAGCCCUUCUCGUCAACACAACGCACACACACACACACACACACAGGGAUCUGGAUUACAGCUUCUUCACUCUGUGCCAAUGGGAACUGAAGCACCUUAAUGUCAAUAAGAAAUGUGGACGGUGCGCUAUCAUAAGCUUCUAUCUGCUUUCAAAUGUGCACUGCAGUGGCAUUAAUAUUAUUUUACGUGAAGAGAGAAAAUGUACAUACUACCAUGUUAAAUGUAGGUUCUAGGGAGGAUGUGUAUUUGGCUUUGCUUCAGAGUGCAAUAAUAACUUAACUGCUUUUUAUAUGAACAUUGUCUAUUAUAUUCCACAUGCAAUUGUAAGACCGUUUUUUUACGAUAAAAAUAAAGGUAUAUAUUCAAAAGAA